UCUCACUCUCUCCUCCACCCUCUCUCAACGAAUCAGCAAAUGGAAGACAUAGAGGAUUUAUUGGUGGGUGGUGGCGGCGGAGGGCCGCCGGGGGUUCGGCUGGUUCAGCCAAAGCAUAAAAAGAAGAACAACAAUAUCCAAGAUUCUCUCAAGAGCUACACUGCUGCCAAAAUCCCUGGCACUCAGACGAUCUACAUGAGGACUUUCGGGUGUUCGCAUAAUCAGAGUGAUAGUGAAUAUAUGGCUGGCCAGCUUUCUGCAUUUGGAUACAAUUUGACAGAAAGUCAGGAUGAAGCAGACCUGUGGCUUAUAAACACCUGUACAGUUAAGUCCCCUAGUCAAUCUGCCAUGGAUACACUUAUAUCUAAAUGUAGAAGCGCGAAGAAGCCUUUAGUAGUUGCCGGAUGUGUUCCUCAAGGAAGUCGUGACCUGAAAGAGCUCGAAGGAGUUAGCAUAGUUGGAGUCCAGCAAAUUGAUCGAGUGGUAGAAGUUGUUGAAGAGACCCUGAAAGGUCAUGAGGUGCGGCUUCUAACCCGUAAGACAUUACCGGCACUCGACCUUCCAAAGGUGAGAAGAAACAAGUUUGUUGAGAUCCUUCCAAUUAAUGUUGGUUGUUUAGGUGCUUGCACUUAUUGCAAGACAAAGCAUGCUCGUGGUCAUCUAGGAAGCUACGCAGUUGAUAGCCUUGUUGGUCGUGUAAGAACUGUCAUAGCUGAUGGAGUCAAGGAGAUCUGGUUAAGUAGUGAAGACACUGGAGCAUAUGGUCGUGACAUUGGAGUUAAUCUUCCAAUUUUGUUGAAUUCUUUAGUAGCAGAGCUUCCAUCUGAUGGAAGUACAAUGCUGCGAAUCGGAAUGACUAAUCCUCCUUAUAUUCUAGAGCACUUGAAAGAGAUAGCUGAGGUUUUGCGUCACCCUUCUGUGUAUUCUUUCCUUCAUGUACCAGUUCAGUCAGGAAGUGACACCAUCUUGACUGCAAUGAACCGCGAAUAUACUGUAGGCGAGUUUAGGACAGUCGUUGACACAUUGAUUGAACUGGUUCCCGGAAUGCAAAUAGCUACUGAUAUUAUAUGUGGAUUUCCUGGGGAAACUGAUGAAGAUUUUGAACAGACAGUCAACCUCAUCAAAGAGUACCAGUUCCCUCAAGUUCACAUAUCACAAUUCUACCCUCGGCCUGGAACACCUGCUGCAAGGAUGAAAAAGGUUCCCAGUAAUGUAGUGAAGAAACGCAGUCGUGAGUUGACUACAGUAUUCGAGUCAUUUAACCCGUAUGUUGGAAUGGAGGGCAAAAUAGAGAGGAUAUGGAUUACUGACAUUGCCACAGAUGGAAACCACUUGGUGGGUCACACAAAGGGAUACAUUCAGGUGCUGGUGGUGGGUCCAGAAACCAUGCUGGGGAUUUCAGCUAUGGUGAAGAUAACAUCAGUUGGAAGAUGGUCAGUUUUUGGUGAGGUGAUUGAGAUCCUUACUGAAAAUGUUAUUUCCCACGAGAAUUGUGUCGACAAAAUCUCAUGUUCCAACUUGAAUGAGACCUGUUGUUCAAAAGACUCAGAAACCUGUGCUUGUGGACUAACAAGUGGCUGUGAACAAACUGAGAAGAAUAACUUCUCAGUUUCAAAGGAUGAUCGGAAGCCAGUCGACUAUAGAAGCCAAAACCUAAUAGGAUGGUUACUUCGGAAGCGGAAGGAUAAUUCCCAUAGAAAGGUAGAGAAUGAGAUGGUGUCGGAAAUGGAGGAAAAGCAAAGAACCUCUGCUAAGUUGCAUGAGUGGGCUCUUGUUGAUAAAGCUCUGCUUGUUGGAAUAUUCAUGAGCUUGUUGACGAUAAUUGCUGUUUUCUUUAUCUGGAACUAGAGAUUUUCUCUUCUGGGAUAGUAUAGUGUAUGAUUAAUUGGACAAGCUGUUGCAGGCCACUGGGGUUGAAUUUUUUACAUUACUUCUACUUUUUUGAGAUCUUAUCUCUGAUGGAAAUUGAUAUUGUAAGCUGUAUUGUUUUUAUUAUAGCCGAAUUAGAAAAAUUGUUGAGAGCAUUUUGGAGAA